AUGUUAUUUAUGUUUUUCAAGUUACGAUGUGAAGUUCGACCUGGUUUUACUGCUCAUCAACCUCCUAUAGCCGGCUUACCGUCACGAAGUCCUAGUCAAUUUAUAGGAAUUGAGGUCUGGAACAGUGUGAUAACCAUCAGCGAGGGUGGAACAGCGACAAUUUAUAUUAGACCAUCAGUGGAAAUUGGAUGUCGAGAGAAAGAGGGAUGUGAACUAUCUGUUACUGCUGAUAUACCAAAUGUAGAGGAAAAUGAAAAACAGUGUCAACCGACAGCAGUAGCAAAUGGUGGCUGUGGUGUCAUUAUUAAGACUAAAAACUGGAACGUGAACAGAAGUUUAGAAAUAUCAUCAACAACUACUGAAGAAUUCGGUCAGGAUUCUAUACAACUGAAAAUAUUUCUUCGAACCGACGACGCAUACUUUUCGCAACCGCUCUGGGCUAAUUAUUUUCUUACUCCGGUUACGCUAUAUUUUAAUAUUAAAAAUAGUGUCUACAAUGUUUUAAUGAUCAAUAUACAGAAGGAUACAACCAUGAUUGAAGGCCGAAAAUGCUCUGCUACCGGCGACCCUCAUAUUCGUGAUUUUAAUAAAAGAAAUCUCGAAUUACAACUCCAGGGUACCUAUACGUUUUAUAAAAGUGAGGGAAAUGUUGAGGUUCAAACCCAGACAGAAGAUUGUUCAGGAAAGGGAACGGCAUAUUGUAAUUGUGGUGUUGUAGUAAGAGUUGGAAGAACUGCCUUUAUGAUCAACCACUGUAACCUAGGCUACUGGUAUAUUGACUAUAUAUUAUGUGACGAUGGUGCAAACAUUUUGGAUGUCAGGAAACGACGUGAAACAUAUUUUCAGUAUAGAGGCCAUGAUUUGUUAGAUAUUGAUAUAUUUCCAUCAAUAAGAGAUGUUGAUAAAACGUCUGGUCUAUGUAAAGAAAUUAACGCGCACUUAAAUAAGAAUGAUGACUUGGUAGAGGAUAUCCAAUUUAUAAACCGGUGGAGAGUUAAAAAUGAACAAAAUAUGUUUAUACCAGAGGACUAUGACUCUAUUGAGGGGAUAGAUACUUCGGGAACAUUUCAACAUUGUCGUUGUAAUGACCAUAAUGCUACUAAAAUUGUUGGAAAGCUCAUCUGUACUCCCAUCAAUGGUGUCACACCUUGUGUACAGGAUACAGAUUAUACCAUGUUCCAUACAAAGAGGUGUAUAUCACCUUUGCGAAGAAAACGGUCUGUACCAGGUUUUUCGCAAUCCAAUAUCACAAGACACAAACGGCUGAAAAGGGACUAUGACUCUAUUGAGGGGAUAGAUACUUCGGGAACAUUUCAACAUUGUCGUUGUAAUGACCAUAAUGCUACUAAAAUUGUUGGAAAGCUCAUCUGUACUCCCAUCAAUGGUGUCACACCUUGUGUACAGGAUACAGAUUAUACCAUGUUCCAUACAAAGAGGUGUAUAUCACCUUUGCGAAGAAAACGGUCUGUACCAGGUUUUUCGCAAUCCAAUAUCACAAGACACAAACGGCUGAAAAGGGAUGUAAGUUGGAAGAAUGGAUGGACAAUAAAACGAGCAGAUGAAUACUGUACUGAUUUAUUUAAUAAUUCUAAAGUUAUUGAUCGGUGUAAAGGAAUGAAAGGCUUAGAUAUCAACAUUGGAAUCAAGACUUGUGUUCAAGAUAUACAGUUAAGUGGAACUGAAGCUUUUGCACUGUCUUCCAUAUCCACCGUUAGUUCACAAUGUCUAUAUGAAGCCAGAAUGAAUCAAACUCUAAGAGAAGAAAAAGUGGAAGAUGGUAAAUCUCUUCUGGAGUUAGUUAAAGAAGUUUCUUGCCCUGGAGAGUGUUCAUAUCAAGGACGAUGUGCAAAAGGGAAGUGUAUCUGUAACACUGGGUAUAUUGGAUCCGACUGUGCAGUAUCUCUCAAUGAACCACCAUUAGCCCACAAUCUAGAAGCGGAAGGAUAUUGUGAUUUAUUAGUAGACGAUUGUACUGAAGUGGCUGUUUUUGGUGGAAGAUUUGUUGAGCAUGAAAAGACCAAGUGUCAACUUAAUCCUUUUGAGGUAAAAGAGGUUAAAAUAACACCACGAGGUAAUGUAAUAGUAAAAACAGCAGUAUUUGAGAGUAUUGGAGAAGUAACAUGUAAAUUACCAUCUAGAAAACGUAGAAGAUCAAUAGAUGUACCAGUUAUUGAUGAAACUGUGACAGGUUAUAAAGUCUCCGUAUCUAAUAAUGGUGAGAACUACAGCCAACAGUUAAAUUUUAUUAUAUAUAAUACAGAAUGUAUGAACUGCAGCAUGGAUACAGAAAGUACACAAUGCGUUUUUAGUUCUGAUUAUUGUAUAAUGGACAGUAAUUGCUAUAGAAACGGUUCGAUCUAUAACAAUGGGGAAGAUGAAUAUAUUUGUAACGCUGGUGGAAAGAGUAAAUCUUGGGACAUCAUAUUGAAACCAGAUGAGAAGGGAGAUAACCACUCUGUUAAUGGUGCGAAUAGAAAAAGUUUAGCUGUCUUACAAGACAAGGCACCACAGAAAUGGAAUGAGAAACCUAUUGACUAA